ACACAGAGGCUGCGUUCCAAACCGCAUACUUCCCUACUAUUUAGUAUGGGAAAAAGAGUAGGCGAGCGAAAAAGUAUGUAUGAAUCCAAAAGAGUAGGCGAGAAUUACCUGGGUGACAUACUAAUUAUCGCGAGAUUCGGACUUAAGUGCGUUCCAAUAUGCCUACUCUCCUACUAUAUAGUAGGCAAAAACAGUACGUGAAGGAAGCAGUACGUUCGAAACAUCAGUAUUCAUAAAAGAGUAGGCGAGAAGUUCCCGGAUGGCUUACUGCUUCCGGCCAGAUUUUUGAGUGCUCAACCGAUGGAUACUCUUCUAUCCCAGGAGGCCACGCGAGAGGAUACGUCAUAAAAAAGAAGAAGAAGGAUAGGUCAUACUCGAACAUGACGCAAAUGAUGACGGACGAGAGUGUUUUCAAAUGGACGGAUGAGCACACGCGGCUGCUUAUCCGGUGGAGAGUGGCUCAUGAAGCCCUCUUCACCGGGAAGCGGAAUGCUGCCAUCAAAGGCUUUGAAUCUUUUGUGGUGGAGCAGGACCUACAAGGCAGGGUGACGGCGGCAUUUGUAAAAAAAAAAUGGGAAAACCUUAAACAAAAAUACAAAGAUCUGAAAUGUCCGCAGACAGGGGUGAGCACUGAGGAUGGAGGGGCCACAGCAGCGUCCUGGAAGUGGUACACUGCCAUGGAUGAGGCAAUCGGGGGCAGACCAUCCAUCACUCCUCCUGCCCUCGUUGCCUCAUGUGGGCCGGAUGUUGCUGUGGCCUCUUCAUCCUCUUCAUCCUCUUCAUCCUCAGUGAGGCCAGAGCCAGCAAGAGCCAGGAAAAGGGUGAAAGAUCUGGAGGACCUGAUCCAGGAGAUGGAGGAGAGAGAAGAGAAGAGAGAGAGGAAAGCAACUGAGAGGGAGGAGAGACUGUGGAGAGGAAUGGAGGAGAAGGAGGACAGAAGAGAACGGGAGAGACGAGAGAAAGACGAAAGGCAAGAAAGAGAAGGAGAAUGACCCUGGACAAACCUGGAGUAAAGAGCCUUGCUGAUCGACCAGCAAUCUUCUGCUAACCAGUUCAGUGGUUUAGCCCACUACACUACAAAGUCGUGCUCAUGGAGAGCCGGCACAGGGAUGUUUGGAGCAGACACCGCAGCAGCCAGAUUGUCCCGUGCAUGUUCUCCCACUCUUGCUUCAAGGUUGUGGGGAUUAGGGAGGCCGUCAUCAAGGUCUUCCU